AUGGCCCCAUCGUCGUCAGCCCUGAGGCUGCGCAUCUCCUCGCCUCUCGAGGCUGGCACCUCCAUCCUCGACACGCAACACAGCCUGCCAGCCCACCUCACAGACGCCCUCGAGUACGCAUCAAAACGCCUGGCUCGCAAGGCACUCCAUCUCACCCUCGUCGUCGUCCGCAAGGACUACCAGCUGCCUCAGAACCAGCACUAUCCUUCCUCGCUCUCCUCGGCCUCGGUGCCACCAACGCCAACGUCGCCACCGUCGUCAGCAGGAUCGCUGGCAUCCCCUCUACGCUCGCCGAUCGCGGGGCUCAGGUCGCUCGUGAGAAAGGGCACGCACGCCUCUCUCGCAUCCCUGUACUCCACCACCUCCUCUACCUCCGCCACCGCCACCGACGCCUUGCAGGAUGGAUACCUCGCGAGCGCGGUGUCAUCGCCAAUGUUCUCGCCCCGCAGCGAGGCCUCGUAUGACACACCACUCAGCCCCGGGCGCCGCGGUGUCUGGCCCCCGACACCAGGAAGCAUGCUUUCCAUGUCGUACUUCCACAAUGGCACGGCAUCGCCACCCAUGACGCCGCAUACCCCAGGUAGCAUGAUCAGCAGCAUGUCCUCGGCGACAGAUCCUGCGUCGAUCAGGGCCUUGGCGGCCUCGAACAAUAACAACGGCGCAACAACAGCAGGGGGCCCGGGAUUGAGACCCACCGGCGAGUUUGGCAUACGCCUCGUCUAUACCACGCCCUUGUCAUACAAGGACGACAAGCUUGUCCGGACUGUUCUCGAGAAGGCCAGCCGCAAGUUCCAUCUUGAUGCUAAUGGUAAUGGUGGUGGCGGCGGCACACCAGGCGCGCUUCCACUUGCGGCCAUGACGGCUGCGGCAUGUGGGCUCAACGCGGACCUGAUCCGCCGCAGCAUCAUCCAGAACGAGGUCCUGUUCUGCUCGGAAGGGCUGACGCUGCUUGGCCUGGACAGGCUCUACACGUUCAAGUCUGCACUAGCUUGCUACGCCCGUGCUGUUUCUGCUGCUUCCAUGGGAGGCGGUGGUGGUGUUGGGGGUGAUGGCAGUGCAGCGCUAAAGGCGGCAGCGCAGACCCGCAUUGAGGAGACGGUCGACGAGCUGCGGCGCCUCGUUCUCGGCGGCGACGGCAGCAGCGGCAGCGGAAGUGCCGGAGGAUAUUUCGGCUUCAGCCCGGGCCGACAGCGCCAGGUGCCGAGGUCGGACCUGCACCGCAGCUACGACUGGAUCCGCGUCAGCCCGAGCGCCCUGGCUGCCGUCGAGCGUAUGUAUAAGCGCGCGUAUGGCGGGCCUGCACAGGUGGGCGCGUUUGAGCCCUCGCCGGCGGAGGAGGAAGAGCGCGAGCGGGAGAGGCGGGAGCGGGAGCAGGAGGAGCAAGACCGACGUGAGCACCAGGAGGCGCUCAUGAGGAGGAGAAUGGUCAAGAUUGGCACGCCUCCGCCAGGCAGGGCAACGCCAGUAGCAGGCAGGGCGACGCCAAUGGCAGGCCGGACGACCAGCCCGCCGCUGAAGAUCAGCACGGUCGACCUCGGCAAUAACACUCUGCUGAAGCCCACCUUGAUCCGCCCGACGCCUGUGUCGAGCCCACCGUUGUCGAUCAUGACUGCGCAGUCGCCACAGCAGCGAGACAGCCCAGCCAGCAUAUCUCCAGUACACGAGUCUCCAGAGCAGGAGCAGCGGCAGCGGCAGCCACAACUCUCUCCGCGGAGACUGAACGGCAAGACUCCGAAGCUUACACUCCAGACCGCCGCGGCGAUCGAGAUCAAGAUUGAAAAAGUAAAGACCGAGGGGGAGGAUGAGGCCAAGGACGGCGACGACGAAAGCGAGCACGGAGACCGCACUGCCAGACCGUUCCACGGCAUGCCGUUCUGGAGCAACAUUGACGAGCUCUUGUCGCCGGUAGACGGCAAGGGAGAGAGGCGCAAGUCCGACAAGCUCGGGCCGAUGACGCCGAACGGGUAUGAUGACAUUUCGCCCAUCACGCGCGGGGAGUGGGGGUUUCUCUUUUCCCGCGAGGGGACGUGGAACGAGAACAGGACCGCGCCGGUCGAAACUUGGUGA